GGAAAGAGAGAGAAGGGAGAGAGAGCGUGAUUCCAGGUCUCUCUCUGCUCUCUCCACUUUGGGUACUCGUACCCAAUCUGAGUCAAUGGGGCUUCAGUGCUAGGGAUUAAACUUCAAUAUCAAAUAUAUUUAUUCACCCCAAACCCAUUUUAGUCUUUAGGUUUGGUGCAUUAAUAUAGGUAAACCAUUAAGGAAGGUUUCCGGAGAAAGGUAAAGACGUCUCCAGAGGCGUGCCUUUUUGUCUGUUUCCUCACAGAAGGGUCAGUCGGGCUCCUCUCGUCGGCUGGCUUUCUGUGAGAGGAUAACUUCCCCCAUAUCCCACAUUUACAGCUGACCCAGGCCGGAGAACUACUGCAACACUAUGGAUAUUGGAGCUUGUCCCUUCCGGAAGAAACGGAGACCAUGGCGCAUGGACUUCUCCUCCUUCGCCUUGGUAACCGUGGCGCUCGCCGUGUGCCAAACAACUGUGGUUCGAGCAGACCCGGUCGAUGUGUUACGGGCUCUGCAGGUUCCCUCUCUCCCUGAGGGUGUGAAGAAGGUCCCUGGCUUCUGCACAUCCCGUCGCUCCAGCAGCCCCGAUCAUGCUUUCCGCAUCACCAAGAAGGCCCAGAUCUCCGCACCCACCAAGCAGCUCUUCUCAGGUCGUUUCCCGGAGAAUUUCUCCGUCAUGGCUCUGGUUAAAGCCCAGGCUGGCCUCCAGGCCUUCCUCCUCUCCAUCUACAGCGAGCAGGGCGUCCAGCAGCUGGGUAUCGAACUGGGACGUUCACCUGUUUUCCUGUACGAGGACCAGAGCGGCAAGCCAGCUCCCGAGGACUACCCACUCUUCAAAGGCGUCAACCUGGCUGAUGGCAAGUGGCAUCGCAUUGCUUUCUCUGUUUCCAAGAAGAACGUGACACUGCUGCUGGACUGCAAGAAGAAGAUGACCCGCCCUCUGCCCAGGGGCAACAAGGCAGUGGUUGACACCAAUGGCAUCACAGUGUUUGGAGCCCGCCUGCUGGACGAGGAGGUGUUCCAGGGAGACAUUCAGCAGCUGAUGAUUGCCUCCAACCCUCAAGCUGCCUAUGACUUCUGUGAACACUACAGCCCUGACUGUGACUCCCCUCUGCCCAAAACCCAAGCUCAGGACCCCAACACAUACAAGAAGGCAGUCACUGAAAAAACAGCACCUGCUAAACCCACACUUGUAAAAACCAAGCCCACUCCAGCUAAGCCCGUCAAGUCUGGAUCAUAUAAACUCGUCAUCAAGCCACCUAUGCCCACCAAAGCUUCCAAGUCCUCCAAAGCAAAGCCCACUGCAGCAGACGUCCUCCUGUCUAAAAUCAAACCAACCAAAUCUAAGCCCACAGCUGCCCCAGCGAAGAAUGGCAAUGGCAAAACUGGUGCUGUGAAGAAAGCAAAUGGUAACGCAAAAGCUACAACUGGAGCCAAACCAACACCUCAGGUCAAAGUAAAUGGAAAUGGCAAUGGUAAGGUUGUAGCUGAGAAGAAAGCUCCUGUUACCUUGAAGGCUAGCAGCAAUGGAAAAGCCACAACAGAGAAGAAAGCCAAUGGAAACGGCAAAACGGCCACUGAUGUUAAAGCAAAAGGUAACGGCAAUGGUGGGGCUAAGGCUAAUGGCAACCACAAAACUACAACAAAAAUUCAAACAACUGUGGUCAAAGCCACCAAGGCACCUAAACCCACCAAAGCAUCAAAACCAGGACCUACAAAAGCUGCAGCCACCAAAGCUCCAAAAGUAAAAACCCAAAGCAAGGCAGACGUCAAAGACGUUAAAGCUGUGACCAAAGUCCCCCUGGUGAGCAAACGGGGGAAUAACUUCGUCAGGGAUUCCACCCCGACGAAGUCAGUGGCAACAUCUUCCCCAGUCCGACCGACUCCACCCAGACCCACAAGAGUCAACAAAGUGCCGGAUAUAAAAUCGCUCCACAAACCUUUCCCACCGUUUGGCAACACAGCGCUGAGCGGAACUGGAGUCCCACCGAAGAAAGCUACCAACCGUUAUCAGCAGGAUGUAGACACUGAAUAUUCUGAGGCUGGCCACACCCCUACAGAGACUGAUUAUUACUAUGAGGAGACCUUCACACAGCCAGAGGGUGAGGUGGUUGGACAAGAAGAAAAUGCUGUACAGCCUCAGGUGGAGCCAGCACUGGCGGGAGAAGAGGUAGACGCCGCCAAGGCGGGUGGUACUGGAGAAGAGCUCUUCACUGAGGAGUAUGAGACUGGGGACUUGGGCCUUAAGGAGUACGACUAUAACUACAGAGACUACAAUGAACCAUCACCAGAGACUGCAGAGGUUGAUGGCAACAUUGGCCCCGCCCUGUCCGCUGUGACAGACGAGGGAGGCGCUGCUGUUAGAGGCCAGAAAGGAGAGAAAGGCGAUCCUGCUGUCUUGGAGCCUGGGAUGCUGAUUGAAGGACCUCCAGGACCUGAGGGAACUCCUGGUCCCACUGGACCCCCUGGAUCUUCUGGACCUCCUGGUUCUGUCGGUGAUCCCGGAGAGAGGGGCACUCCUGGUAGGCCUGGUCUUCCUGGAGCUGAUGGGGUUCCUGGACCUCCUGGAACUUCACUCAUGCUGCCUUUCCGCUUCGGGCAGAGUGGAGGAGACAAGGGGCCGGUCGUGUCUGCACAGGAGGCUCAGGCUGCAGCCAUCUUAUCCCAAGCCAGGAUGGCUCUGAAGGGGCCUCCUGGACCAAUGGGAUUCACCGGACGCCCUGGACCCCUGGGAAAUCCAGGAAGUUCUGGUUUGAAGGGAGAGCUUGGAGACCCCGGUCCUCAGGGCCGUGCUGGAGCUGAUGGUGCCAGAGGAAUGCCAGGAGAGACUGGAGCUAAGGGUGACCGUGGUUUCGAUGGUCUUCCUGGUCUGCCUGGUGAUAAAGGACACAGGGGUGACUCUGGACCACUGGGACCACCAGGGGGCCCAGGAGAGGACGGAGAGCGGGGAGAUGAUGGAGACGUUGGACCUCGGGGUCUCCCAGGUGAACCAGGACCUCGUGGUUUGCUUGGACCCAAAGGUCCUCCAGGAAUCUCCGGACCUCCUGGUGUUCGAGGAAACGAUGGACCCCACGGUCCCAAAGGAAGCUUGGGUCCCCAAGGUGAGGUCCCACAGGAAAACCAGGUCUCCCAGGAAUGCCUGGAGCUGAUGGACCUCCUGGUCACCCAGGAAAGGAGGGGCCUCCUGGGAUCUCUUGGAUUCCCAGGAUUCCCUGGUUCAAACGGCGAGAAGGGAACAAGGGGUACUUCCGGCAAACCAGGUCCGAGAGGACAGAGAGGCCCGACGGGCCCCCGAGGGCAGAGAGGGCCGAGGGGCGCCACGGGGAAACUAGGAGCAAAGGGAACCUCAGGAAGUGAUGGACCUCAUGGUCCUCCUGGAGAGAGGGGUUUGCCAGGACCUCAGGGAGCCAAUGGUUUCCCCGGACCAAAGGGACCUCCUGGACCACCAGGAAAGGAUGGCCUGCCAGGACAUCCCGGACAGAGAGGAGAAGUUGGUUUCCAAGGUAAAAUGGGUCCACCUGGGCCUCCUGGAGUUGUUGGACCUCAGGGCCCAUCAGGAGAGACCGGCCCCAUGGGCGAGCGUGGCCAUCCCGGACCUCUAGGUCCACCUGGUGAGCAGGGGCUUCCUGGUCCCUCAGGGAAAGAGGGCACCAAGGGGGACCCUGGACCCACAGGACGCCCUGGAAAAGAUGGUCCUCCAGGACUGAGAGGCUUCCCAGGAGAGAGAGGACUUCCUGGAACCCCUGGUGAGGUUGGAGAGCAUGGGCAGAAGGGCGCCAAAGGAGGCAAAGGAGAGCAUGGUCCUCCUGGUCCACCCGGGCCGCUCGGUCCUGUAGGUCAGCCUGGUCCAGCUGGUGCUGAUGGAGACCUUGGACCGAGGGGGCAGCAGGGUCCUUUCGGAGCUAAAGGUGACGAGGGAACCCGAGGCUUCCCAGGAGCCCCAGGUCCCAUCGGACUCCAGGGACUGCCAGGACCAUCUGGGGAGAAAGGAGAGACGGGAGAUGUUGGACCUAUGGGUCCUCCAGGCCCUCCAGGACCCCGUGGCCCUGCUGGACCCAGCGGAGCUGACGGUCCUCAAGGUCCUCCUGGUGGUAUUGGUAAUCCUGGGGCUGUUGGAGAGAAGGGAGAGCCCGGUGAGGCUGGACCACCUGGAAUCGUAGGAGAGCCUGGAAAGAAGGGUCCUCGUGGAGAGCGCGGAGAGAAGGGAGAGGCGGGCCAACCUGGAACUGCUGGACCUGCCGGAGGACGAGGAGGACCAGGAGACGACGGGCCCAAAGGAAACCCAGGUCCUGUUGGUUUCCCUGGUGAUCCCGGCCCCCCUGGUGAGGUUGGACCCAGAGGCCAGGAUGGUGCCAAGGGAGAGAGAGGAGAGGACGGAGAAGCAGGAGAAGCUGGCACCCCCGGACCUCCUGGUGAGAACGGACCUCCUGGACCCCCAGGAAAGAGGGGUCCUGCUGGUACAAGAGGAGCGGAGGGACGUCAGGGAGAGAAGGGGACCAAGGGAGAUCCAGGUGCAGUCGGUCCCCCAGGAAAGACGGGUCCUGUCGGCCCUCAGGGUCAACCAGGAAAACCGGGAACCGAAGGUCUUCGAGGACUCCCGGGAUCAGUGGGUGAACAAGGAUUACCAGGAGCUGCUGGAGAGAAAGGACCGCCCGGACCUUUGGGACCGCCUGGUUUGCCCGGCCUGCGUGGAGACCCCGGAGCCAAGGGAGAGAAGGGACACCAAGGUCUUAUCGGUCUCAUCGGACCUCCGGGAGAGCAGGGAGAGAAGGGAGACCGAGGCCUUCCUGGGCCUCACGGAUCCUCUGGACCCAAAGGAGAGACCGGACUUCCUGGAGGCACCGGACCCCUCGGCCCUGCUGGUCCUCCUGGUCUUCCUGGUCCUCAAGGUGUCAAAGGAGCUAAGGGUGCAUCUGGAGGAGCUGGACCAAAGGGAGAAAAAGGAGUACAAGGAUCUCCUGGACCUCCUGGCCCGCCUGGUGAGGUCAUUCAGCCGCUGCCCAUCCAGAGGAGUCCCAAGUCCAAACGCUCCAUCGAUGCCAGCCAGCUGGCGCCGGAGUUUGACCCUGACAUGCCGGCAUCUGACACCGCUGGCACCGAGUUCCUGAUGGGCAGCGAAGGCAUGGAGGAGAUCUUUGGCUCUCUCAACUCCCUCCGUCAAGAGAUCGAGACGAUGCGUUUCCCUCUGGGCACUCAGGACAGCCCCGCGCGCACCUGCCAGGACCUGAACCUCAGCCAGCCGGACCUCAAAGACGGAGAGUACUGGAUCGACCCCAAUCAGGGCUGCUCCAGAGACUCCUUCAAGGUCUUCUGUAACUUUACUGCUGGAGAGACAUGUUUGUACCCGAGCAAGGACGUCAACACGGUGGAGAUGAGCUCCUGGGACAAAGAGACUCCAGGAUCGUGGUACAGUCAGUUUUCCACUGGUAGUAAGUUCUCCUACGUCGACUCCAACGGUGAGCCCGUGGGCGUGGUCCAGCUGGGCUUCCUGCGCCUCUUGAGCGUCCAGGCCCGUCAGAACCUCACCUACCACUGCCACCGCUCCGUGGCCUGGGCCGACCAAAGCGCCGGGAACAACUACCAAAGGGCGCUGCACUUCCUGGGCGCCAACGACGAGGAGCUGAGCUAUGAGACCAACCCGUACAUCAAAGCCUUGAUCGAUGGCUGCUCUGUGAGUUCACACACAUAAAACUACAUCCUGACC